AUGGGAGAGCUCAGUGAAACUAAGAGCACAAUAACCGACGGUAUACCAGGAAAGUUAUAUCUCAAUGGAACUUUAGCCACGCAUAUUUACUUUGACUUUGAAAUAGCUGCAAGGAAAUAUGGGCUUUCCAGAUCAUUGAACUCCGCUGAAGCUGUCGUGCCCGUAUCAGAUGCGACAGUCAGUAGCAGUAGCAAGGUUUCAGAGCAGGCAACUACAAAUGAUGGAUCACUUUCUGGAAGUUUAUCAACAACGAGAAGAGAAGGUGAUGUCGAGGAUAAUGCACCCAAGAAAGCACGCCUGGAAUGA